CACCGUCACCACCGCCACCACCACCAUCAUCAUCAUCAUCAUUAUCAUUAUCAUCACAGGCGCUCUAGUACUACCGCUUUUUUACAGUCCUGGUUUUUGCAGUGGUGAAGCUCGUUAUUCUUGCGCCGUGACGCCGAGCUCAGGCGAAACGACCGGAGCGCGCUCACGUUACGGAGCCGCGAGAUUCCGCGCGCGCCGCCGCUUCAGCUCAGAGGAAGCAGUAAUAGUUGGUUGUUUCGCACGAGCGGCAAGGAAAAAAUCCGCUCUUUCCAAUGCAAGAUCCUUUCGGCGCCUGACAAAACCGAACACCGCGAGAUACAAAACGAAAGGGGAGGGAGGGAUCGCACGACGUGCGCGAUUGUAGAAGGAGUACCCAAGGCUGGCUGUUCAUUCCUGGGAGGCAUGGCACAGACUAACAGCUAUGGACAGAGCAGCAAUGGAGUAGCUGAUGAGUCUCCCAACAUGCUCGUCUACAGAAAAAUGGAGGACAUUAUCGCUCGGAUGCAGGAGGAAAAGAACGGCAUUCCCAUUCGAACAGUGAAGAGUUUUUUGUCCAAGAUUCCCAGUGUCUUUUCAGGUUCAGACAUUGUGCAGUGGAUGAUCAAAAACCUAGACAUCGAAGAUCAAGUUGAGGCUCUUCACCUGGGAACCCUGAUGUCUGCACAUGGCUAUUUCUUUCCCAUCUCGGACCACGUGCUCACAUUGAAGGACGACGGGACAUUUUAUAGAUUUCAGACUCCCUACUUUUGGCCUUCAAACUGCUGGGAACCAGAGAACACUGAUUAUGCUGUUUACCUCUGUAAGCGAACCAUGCAGAAUAAAGCCCGGCUGGAACUUGCUGACUACGAAGCUGAAAGUUUAGCGCGGCUACAGAGGGCUUUUGCACGGAAAUGGGAGUUUAUAUUUAUGCAAGCGGAAGCACAAGCUAAAGUGGAUAAGAAACGGGACAAAAUCGAGCGGAAGAUUCUAGACAGUCAGGAGCGAGCUUUCUGGGAUGUGCAUAGACCCGUGCCUGGCUGUGUGAAUACGACAGAAGCCGACAUCAAGAAAUCGUCCAGGAUGAAACAGCCUCACAAAACACGGAAGUCAGUGUACGGUUUACAGAACGACGUCCGCAGUCACAGUCCCACACACACCAGCACACCCGAGCUUAAAGAGCCCACUGAGGAGGAGCUACAGGAACAGAUACAGUACUGGCAAGCACAGCUGGACAGACAUCGAUUAAAAAUGUCCAAAGUUGCAGAAAGUUUGUUGAGCUACACAGAGCAGUACAUGGAGUACGACCCUUUCAUAACCUCACCUGAACCAUCAAACCCCUGGAUCUCAGACGACAAUACUCUCUGGGAACUGGAAGCCAGUAAGGAGCCGGGACAGCAGAGGGUGCGGCGGUGGGGUUUUGGGUUUGAUGAGGUUCUGAAGGACCCUGUAGGAAGAGACCAGUUCCUGAAGUUCCUGGAAUCUGAAUUCAGCUCAGAGAACCUGUGGUUCUGGCUUGCUGUGCAGGAGCUUAAGAAGCAGCCGAUCCGUGAGGUGCCCAAUCGAGUGCAGGAGAUCUGGGACGAAUUUCUGGCCCCCGGAGCCCCGAAUGCCAUCAACCUCGACUCCAAGAGCUACGAUAAAACCACGCAGAAUGUCAAAGACCCCGGACGCUACACCUUUGAAGAUGCUCAGGAGCACAUCUAUAAGCUGAUGAAGAGCGACUCGUACAGCCGCUUCAUUCGAUCCAGUGCCUACCAGGAGCUUUUACAGGCCAAGAAGAAGAAAAGCAAGAAUUUGUUCUGAAGAAGUGGAUGCUGGGACGUCCGAGCUACGGUCCUCAGGCUUCUACUCUCCUGUAAAACUGCGUCACACCUCACCCGGAGAAAGAGCAGCGUGUGAUUUGUACAUUACUGUAAAUCUACUGUGCUUCAUAAUAAACCCACAAGGAGGUAGAGCAGUCAAGUCGUUGCAUGUCUGAUAAAACGGAGGUAAAAAGGUGGCUUUGUUUUCUUUCCAUCGUUCAUCAUCCGCUCAUGAAGAGGACGUUUCUUUCCCCCCCACACAAACUUCCUUAAUUUUCACAUAUCAGCUUUAGCUGUGUUUUGUGAACUGAGAAUAGGAAUAAAAUCAGUAAAUAUAGUAUCUAUAAGCAAAUAUCAAACACACACACACACACACACACAGAGCAUUGCAGCUGUAAAGCCAUGUCUGAAUAAGAAAAAUACUUCUGUCAGAUGUAGUUGCCUCCAAAAUGCUUUAUGACAUCUCAUUUAUUUUUAUACUCUAUUUAUGAAUAUGUUGAUUUAUUAUCUGUAUAUUAUUAUUAUUAUUAUUAUUAUUAUUAUUAUUAUUAUUAUUCCUUCAUUUUUUUGUAAAUUUCUGUACAAACCGGGGUACACAGGGACAGCCAACUAUGACUAAGCCAAAUUAUGGACAGAGCGUAUUUUUUAAUCCCACACCCACCCUGAUACAUGUGUUUAUUUUUUUAUUAGAGAAACAACUGACCAAAUACAUGGUGUUUGUGGAUUUGUGAAAUGCAGCGAUCACUGCCUCUGUGAUGGGAAUCUUUAACUCAUGUGUCACGUCCUCAUGGAGUGUGUUAGUCGGUGUGUGUCUAUGGAUAAAGUAUGGCGUCAGGUUGUUAUGUGUGUACGGUGGUGGAGUUCGGUGGAUCUGGUUAGAUGUGUGUUGGUGAGUGUGUGGAAUGACCGAUCACAGAACAGCCAUGGGGUAGAGAGUUCAUUCAUCUUCUGUAAGCGCUUUGUCCUGGUCGGGGUCACGGUGGAUGUGGGAAUACAACCUGGAUGGAACAAGAGUCCAUCACAGGGAGACUAAACACACACAUACACCUAGGGGCUAUGUAGUUAUGUAAUGUUACACUUAAAGGAGAAGUUCACUCCUUCUCCACAAUAGUAAACACUGGGUCUGUAGUUUGGCAUACGUCAAGCGUGACCUUCUGACGUGAUUACGUAACACGUAGCGUCACAGAUGCCCAACCCAUUUUGGUUCUGGAAGUCAACCUCUCCUUUAACUGGUCCAAAAAAAUGAUGAUUUAUUUACCACAAAUAAUUUGGCAUCGUUGAACGCCGAGCCUGAGCUCAGACUCGAACCUGGGACUCUACAGCUAUGAGCAGUAGCUCAUACUGAUUGCUGUGUGUCAAAAAAUAAAUACAAACCAAACCUUAACAAGUGAAGGAAUAACGAGAACGGGUCAAACAGAGCCAUAUUACAGAAACCUGUCCUGACAUGGUGAAAGUCCUCCUAUAUAAACAGCUUCAAGACGCUCAAGUGGUUAAGGCUCUGGGUCGCUGACCGGAAGAUCAGGGUUCAAGCCGCAGCACCACCAAGCUGCCACCCUUGGGCCCUUGAGCAAGGCCCCCAACCCACCUUGCUCCAGGGGCGCUGCAUCAUGGCUGACCCUGCACUUUGACCCAAACAUCCAGUGAAGGGAUAUGUGAAGAAAGAAUUUCACUGUGCAGAAAUGUAUAUCUGACAAAAAAAGACAACUUAACUAGAUAAAAAGAAUUGAAUGUCAAAGCAAAUGGUCUUUUAUUUCCUUCAGUGGACAAUUUUUUUCAAUUUUUAUUUAUGGCACUGUGACAGUCACUGAGCAAUUCACUGAAAAGCAGCAGAUAUCUUUUUGGAAAUGUUUAGCGUCAUUUUGCAAUAUUAACACAGUGCUACAAGAUGCAAAAAUGUUUCCAGAAAUAUGAGAAUAGCAACGUCAAAGGAGAUUAGUGAGCUUUACUUAUAUACUGUUAUUCCUAAAGUCAAUCAAUAUUUAACGUUGUUGCCUGCGAGGGCAAGGUAAUUUAGUGUUGAUAAAAGUUCAUUUCCGAAUCUCCGUCAUUCAAAAACUUAAAGGUUGCAGGAUGUUUGUGAAUGGCCAGCUGAUUUACAGUCAAGAGAAACUGGGAAAAUUGCUGAAAUGAACAAUUAAAUGAGCCUCUCAACACCAAGCACAACCUAUCAAUCCUCUGAUGAUGCAGACGAGUGCGAUAUACGUCAAACACAACAUCAGAAAGCACUGGAUGCGGUGUGAGUAAAUGACCUCGUCCAGAUUUAUUGAAUAAUCCCACUGACGUGCUUGUAAAGCAGAGGGAUGCUUAGAACCAGGCGUUUAAAACAAACAUUUUUUCUGCUUCAGUUUCUGUUGAAUAUAAUAGUGCAGAUGAAAUGAAAUAAAACAGUUAGCAAAGAAAGCCUUUUU